AUGGCUUCAAAACGUCUGCGUGAUUACACCAAUGACAGAGAUCAAUUAAAAACAUUCUUUGAGGAGUUUGUUAAAAUAGAUGAUAAAUCUGGGGAAAAAUGUUUUAAAUACCGGGAGCAGUUGACUAAAUUGGCUCACCGUGAGCAAGUUGCGUUUACUAUUGACUUGGACGAUGUUCAUGAGUUCAAUGAUGAUCUAGCAGAGGCUAUUGCCAAUAAUACUCGUAGAUAUGUGAAUCUAGUUAACGAACUCGUUCAAGAAAUCCUGCCAGAGUUCAAAGAGCACCCAGUGCCUCCAAAGGACGCUUUAGAUAUUUACAUCGAGCAUCGUUUACUCAUGGAAGCGAGAAACAGGCACCCAGGUGAUCAAAGAGAUCCUAGAAACAGAUAUGCGCCUGAGUUAAUGCGUAGAUUCGAAGUUUAUUUCAAAAACUUUGACAACGCUAAGCAGCUCUCAGUGAGGGACAUAAAGGCCAGCAGUAUAGGAAAAUUAGCAACUGUCCGUGGUAUAGUAACAAGAUGUACCGAAGUAAAACCUAUGAUGGCCUGUGCUACUUAUACAUGCGACCAAUGCGGUACGGAGACUUAUCAGACGAUCCAAUCACUAAGUUUCCGACCUCUCGACAUGUGUGAGAGUGAUGACUGUAAGAUAAAUAAGUCCGGUGGGAGACUUUACAUCCAAACAAAAGGCUCUAAGUUUGUAAAGUUCCAAGAGAUUAAAAUUCAAGAGCACAGUGAUCAAGUUCCCGUUGGUCAUAUUCCCAGAUCUCUCACUGUUUACUGUCGCGGUGAGACAACCCGACUGUGCUUACCCGGAGACCACGUUGUCUUUACAGGGAUAUUUUUGCCAAUAACCAAAACAGGUUUCAACCCCAGCGCCGGAGGUGCUUUGCUCAGCGAGACAUUUUUAGAAGCGCAUCAAGUAGUCACUUUAACAAACUUGCAGUCAGCUGACGACAGUAGUAAGCAAUUGACCCAAGAAGAGUUGGAAAGUUUUACGGGCGAUGAUUUUUACACCAAGCUUGCACGUUCUAUAGCGCCUGAAAUUUAUGGAUUGGAGGAUGUAAAGAAAGCAUUGCUGCUGUUGCUUGUCGGUGGAACGGACAAGAAUAAAGGAGACAUUAAAAUCCGUGGAAACCUCAAUAUCUGUCUGAUGGGCGAUCCUGGAGUCGCUAAAUCACAAUUACUCGGCUUCAUAUGUCGCCUGGCUCCGAGAUCCCAGUAUACGACCGGCCGUGGAUCAUCGGGAGUCGGUUUAACAGCUGCUGUGCUCAAGGACCCGCUUACGGGGCAAAUGAUGCUGGAAGGAGGCGCCCUGGUGCUUGCUGAUCAAGGAGUUUGCUGCAUUGACGAGUUCGACAAAAUGGCUGACGCUGACAGAACUGCAAUCCACGAAGUAAUGGAGCAGCAAACCAUUUCAAUCGCCAAAGCUGGUAUAAUGACGCGGCUUAAUGCUCGUGUAUCAAUAUUAGCAGCGGCUAAUCCAGCGUACGGUAGAUACAAUCUAAAACGUACCAUCGAACAGAAUAUACAGCUUCCCGCGGCUCUGCUGUCACGUUUUGACCUUCUCUGGCUGAUUCAAGAUCGUGCGGACCGGGAUAAUGACCUUCGUUUAGCUCAGCACAUCACUCAUGUUCACCGCACGGGCUCCCAGCCCGUCACCGAGACUGGGGCGCUGGACAUGAAUUUAAUGAGAAGGUACAUCGCUCUUUGUAAAACAAUAGAUCCUGUUAUCAGCCCGGAUAUUACUGAGUAUAUUGUAGACUCCUAUGUGGAGAUGCGUAAGGAAGCCAGGAACAGCCAGGACAAAACUUUCACUUCUGCGAGAAAUCUUCUGGCUGUUUUGCGUCUAUCCACUGCUCUAGCUCGCCUGCGUUUAUCCACCGAGGUACAAAAGGAAGAUGUUGCUGAAGCUAAUCGUCUUGUCGAGAUGUCAAAGUACUCUAUCAAUCACUCCGAGGUACAGAGUGGGAACAAGGGCGUAAGCACCGCAAACAAAAUUUUCCAACUUAUUAGGGAGAUCGCCGGGGACUCCAAGACUGUUAAAGUAUCCGAGAUUCUCGAGAGAUGCACCAACAAAGGAUUUAAUCAGCAUCAAGUUGACGACUGCAUUGAGGAGUACGAGGAGCUUAAUGUCUGGCAAGUUAAUCAAGCUAGAACACAAAUUACUUUUCUGUAA